UUGUUUUGAUUCUGUGAUAGCUCAUUUGUGCACACAACUUUAUACGUAAUUUGGUGCUUAUAUUUAAUAAUAAAUAAGUACAGUGCUUAGUUGAAACGUGAAGAACGUUAAUUUUUAAAUAAACUUGCGAUAAUGAACCGAUUGCUGCAAAUAAACUAACAAACGUAGGACACUAGCAGCAACACAUUUGCAAAGUCGGAAAACUUACUGGACACACAAAUACCAGUAUUAUCAGUUUGCUGCAGGAAGGACAACGCGGCAGUUGUUCUUAAUGGAAUCAAUAGCGCGUACAUGUACGCCCUCAGCCAACAGCUACCGAAUAUGGCCAACGUUACAACGCUCAAAUACACUAAACGCGCAGACCCAACGUUACUGUCACCUAAUAAAUGCAGCAAACAUUCCAACUAAACGUCAAUCAAUUGCUUUUAUACGAAGCCGGACUUUGUCGUCAACAGCAACAAAAACAUUGUUGCUACCCGCUCCCGCCCCUCUGUUAUCACCCCGCUUACAAACACAUUCAUUGUUCUCGUCGUCGUCAUUGCGAUUGUCUGUGGCGACGCCGUCGUUAUUGUGUAAUAGAAAUUUUUGCAUAGUUGGUACAAAAAAAAGUUGCACACUUGACGGCCACUAUCGCUGCGAGCACAAACGCAAUUGUUUUUGCAAGUGCAUUUUGGUGUCUCAAUAUUCACAUUCCUACCCCAUUCAGCAGCUAAGUGAUUGUCAACAAGGGCGGACGCAGACGCGUUUUAUUUCAAGUAAUUUGUCAAAUUUAGAGAAACGCAGCUCCGGAAUAGGAAACAUGGACGUACCUGAGGGAGUAUUUCGAGGCAGUGUUGACCGUUUCAAUGGCGUGCAAGUAGAAUCAGCAAAGGAAUACGAUGAAUCCACAGAUUUUGCUAAGAAACUACAGACAUCUUUGAACUAUUGGAUGUCGAUUAAACGCCGAGCAAUUUGGUUUAAUGUGCAGAAGGAACAUGCCGAUUGGGUGCCGCACUUAGCUAAGGUCGGCUUUGAUUUCCAUCAUGUGUCAAAUUGUACCUCAUCUGUUGUAAUGUGUCGUUGGCUGCCAACCGAUGAAUAUGCCAAUAUACCAACUUUCUGUCACACUAUGCUUGGUGUAGGCGGACUUGUAGUCAACGACAAUAAUGAAGUUCUAGUAGUUAGCGAUCGUUUUGCAUUGAUAAAGAAUAGUUGGAAAUUGCCGGGUGGCUAUGUUGAGCCAGGUGAGGAAAUUGUAGACGCCGCCAUACGUGAGGUGAAAGAGGAAACCGGUAUUGAUUGUGUAUUCCGCACAGUGAUCAGUAUACGCCAUUCACAUAGCGGAAAUUUCGGUUGCUCGGACAUGUAUGUGGUGGUGGCGUUAAAACCUCUCAAUUCUGAAGUGUGUAAAUGCGAUCGAGAAAUUGAAAAAGCACAAUGGAUGCCGGUGGACGAGUAUUUGCAGCAUCCAGAUGUGCACGAAACAAAUCGUCACUUCGUACGCACUUAUUUGGAUUAUAAUAAACGUAAUAUACGUUUUACAUAUGAUCGUGCCCAGCAUCGGGUAUUGAAGCGUGAAUAUGCGUUGUUUUAUAUGAAACCAAUUGAUGAGGAAACAAAAAACGAAAGUGAUAAGGCAUAGCAUGCCAAUGUUAUGUUCUAGCAAAUGCAUGUGAGUAUGUAGUGGGUCGGCCCAAUUAACUCACGAUGUUGCCUUUCUCAUAAAAAUGCAAUAAAUUAUAGACAUUUUAACUUUUUUAUGUGAUGUGAUAUGAAUAUAUAGGAAAUCUGCAUUACGAAUAAAUUUAAAAAACGCUUGAAAAGGUUCAAAAAUAGCAUAGAAGUAUAGAAUUUUUAAUAAAUCAAAUUUUUUUGCAAAAACCACACUAAUCUACAAAUUUUAUUGUAAACUACAGAUUUGAAUACUAAUAAAGAAUUUUUAUUUAUUAACAGCUCGUAUACAUUUAAAUUCAGCCCUAUCGCCAAUUUCGUGUGAAUAAAUCUUUCCCAUAAUUUAACAUGCAAAACAAAAACAAAUUGGGAGAAAUUGUUUUUGUUUUG